CAGUUUCGCGACGCGGCAGUAGGGCAGACUCAUAAUUACGUAAGCACUUCAGUGACUGAGGCUCUUCCUUAAUAACAAAUUGUAUUAAAGUUAAUUUGUGCCUUUUCACCACCAUGGAUUCAAAAACCACGAAAGAACCAGAGAAGCACUGCGUCCUGUGCUGCCAAGAAGUCGAAAUCUUCGCCUUAGGAAGAUGCGACCACCCGGUUUGUUACCGCUGCUCCACCAAAAUGAGGGUGCUGUGCGAGCAGAAAUACUGCGCCGUCUGCCGGGAGGAGCUCGACAAGGUGGUGUUUGUGAAAAAACUGGAGGCCUUCUCGUGUCUGCCCUACCAGCAGUUCUCCUGUGAGAAGAAGCAUGAUAUCUAUUUCAGUGAUGACAGGAUCUAUGCCCAGUACAGGCAUCUUCUGUUGCCAGAGUGUCUCCGCUGUUCAGAGCCCAAGGUCUUCUCCAAGUUUGAGGAGCUGGAUUACCACAUGAGGAAGCAGCACGAGCUCUUCUGUUGCAAGCUCUGCACCAAGCAUCUCAAGAUCUUCUCCCAUGAGCGCAAGUGGUACACCCGCAAGGAACUGGCACGUCACAGAGUACAUGGAGACCCAGAUGACACCAGUCACAGGGGACACCCGCUCUGCAAGUUCUGUGACGACCGUUACCUUGAUAAUGAUGAGCUGCUGAAACACUUGCGCAGGGACCACUACUUCUGCCAUUUCUGUGAUGCAGACGGUUCCCAGGAAUAUUACAGUGAUUACCCGUAUCUGAGCGAGCACUUCCGACAGAGUCACUAUCUGUGUGAGGAGGGCCGCUGUGCCACAGAACAGUUCACCCAUGCAUUCCGCACCGAGAUCGACUACAAGGCCCACAAGGCUGCAGAACACAGCAAGAACCGAGCAGAGGCUCGACAGAACCGCCACAUCGACCUGCAGUUUAACUAUGCCCCGAGACAACAGAGGAGAAAUGAAGGCAUGGUGACAGGUGAGGACUAUGAGGAGAUGCGUCACAGUCGUGGAGGAAGAGGAGGAAGGCCUCAGGGGGGACAGAAGAGCUGGAGGUACUCCCGAGAGGAGGAGGACAGGGAGGUGGCAGCCGCUAGGAGGGCAUCCCUGGCCAUGCAUCGACAGGAGGAGAGAGGGGCGGUGCAGGAGAGGAGCGCUCCCAAACACUGCAGAGAGGAGAGGCCGGAGAGAACAGAACCAGAAGAGCCCAGACACAGGACCGGAAACAUCAAACCAACAAGCAAACCUCCAGUAAGAACGAUGAAGAGCAGUAAUCCAGAAGAAGAUGACUUCCCAGCUUUGGGAGCCACAGCUGCCCCAUCCAUUGUAAAGCCAGCUCCUGCGGCGGUAACAGCUCCCCGUGCGGCUUUGAAGGAAGAUGACUUCCCCAGCCUGUCAGCUGUUGCUCUUACAUCCCCCAUGACCCCGGCUUACUCUGCACAACCCAAGAAGACCUCCUCUUUUCAAGAGGAGGACUUCCCCGCUCUCGUGUCCAAAAUCCGGCCCCUCAAAACUGCAUCCGGCACCAAAUCUGCGUGGUCCAACCAUACCGCAGUAGCUAAACCCACCACUCAUCCUCCUCCUUCGUCCAGACCUGCCCCUCCUCUUUCAUCUGCCUCCUGUGGCCCUCAGCUACUCUCCUCCUCAACCACCUCAUCCUCACGGAAGAAAAAGAAAGUUGGGGAGAAUGGGAAAGCGACAUGUACACGGUCCCCUCCUUCUUCUGAUGAAGAUAUCAAAGGAAUGACACAGCAGGAGUUCCGUUCAGUGCCCACCAUGUUGGAUAUCUCCUCUCUGCUCACCGUUAAAGGAGGCAACAGCAAACCCCCUACUGUGACCUCCAAACCUCCAAACCCAAACCCAACCCCUAACCCCAGCACUGAUCCUCCUACCUCUAAAGCCAGCAAGAAGAAAAAACAGCAGAAGAACCCGGCUGCUCCCUCUACGUCUGUGUCUUCAGCGUCAGGGUUGACGCAGUCUGUAAGUGCAAUCUCAGUGGAAACUGCAGCGCAGAAGGAGAACGUCCCUGAGAAAACUUGGAACAAACCCCUUUCCGAUCCUGUGACAGCGGCGCUGACGAGUGGAUUGGCUAAUAGCCACCCUGAGAAAUCCCCACCUGUUGGUAAGGAGGCAGUCACGGUGACCCCUCCUCCCAGCACAGACCCUCCUCUUCAACAGGAGGAAGAGUUCCCUGCUCUCAUGACCAAGAACCCACCACCAGGCUUCAAGACCCCCUUCCCGUUGAAGGCCUCAGCUCCUGCUCCAUCCUCCGCUCUGCCCCCCCCUCCACCCGGGCUGGGAAUCUCAGCCACUAAACCUCCCCCAGGAUUCACUGGCAUCCCCCUCAACAGCAAUGUGGUGGAGCCUGCUCCUCCUGCCGUCAACCUGCCCCCCAAGUUGUCCAGCAGUGGUUACCUGGUGCCAGAGGACUUCCAUCAGAGGAACCUGGAGCUGAUCCAGUCCAUUAGAAAGUACCUCCACAACGAUGAGUCAAAGUUCAACGAGUUCAAAAACUACUCUGCACAGUUCAGACAGAGUGUGAUAUCAGCAGCCCAGUACCACCGCAGCUGUAAGGACUUGCUUGGGGAUGACUUUAACUGCAUCUUCCACGAGCUGCUGGUCCUCUUGCCAGACACUGGCAAGCAGCAGGAGCUCCUCACUGCCCACGGAGACUGCAAAGCACUGGAGAAACAGUCAGGCGCUGGAGGAGGAAAGAAAAACAAGAACAAGAAGAACGCCUGGCAGGUGCCGACCACGGUGGCAAACGCAGCAGCAGCUGAGCUGGAGUGCCGGGUGUGCCCCAUUUGCAGACAGGUAGUUGCACCUAAAGACUUCAACUCCCACAAGACCCUGCACAUCAGGGACAACGAGGAGUUCCCUUCCUUGCAGUCAAUUAGCCGCAUCAUCAGUUAGCCCCUGUUUUGUUUUUUCCCUCUCCUCCGUUUGCCAUUGUGGGGAAACUUUUCAGUUUCCCCUGCAGCAGCCAGUGUGGAACGCAGUGGCCUGUUUCCUGUGUGACCACUUCCCAGUGGAGAUCGGGCCUUAUAUCUAUUCUUGGAAUUUAAGAUGGUUUAUGGUGUUAUUUUUGUUUUUUUUUAUGGGGAUCCUGUCGAUAGGUUUGUGUGAAAGGUUUCACACUUUAGACAUGCAUGAUUGCCCCAUCUCAACUCCGUUUCCACUUACAUCCUUUGAGGACGUCUCCAGCUGGCACUGGCUACGUCCAACUAGUCAGUUUAUUUAAGGAAUAAGGAGAGACAAGCAAAGGCUUUGCUCAAAUGCAUUGCUCCUUAAUACAAAAAUUGUAUUAAUUUAAAUUUUUUUUACCUUGCUUUGCAUUUUCACUUCAAGAGAAGAUGAAAAAAUGUAUUUUGUUAACAUCAAAGGUGAUGAAAUAUGUAUAAUUUCCCCAGCGGGGCUGCUUGGUUAAAUAACAAAAUAAACACAAACAUGUUCGGUUCAAGCAUUUAGCUCCAUAUUUAUUUAAGUGUAACUGAUUUUAAUUGUCCGUUGCUACAUGCUGAGUGUGUGAGUAAAUCGACUGUCAGAGGCGUCAUGUACUGUAGGAGGAUGGGCGACUGCUUCAGGAAUUAGAACAAAUAUUGGUUCAAAGUUUGAAUGGUUUUAAUGCAUCUUGGUUUAUUGGCUGAUUGAUGGAUUGGUUAAUCCAAGCCGUGGUAUUGCACUUUCAAAUGGAUACUAAGCUAUGAAAGAGUGUGUCCUUUUUUUCCACAGUCGUGUUAAAAUAAUAUAAUCUGCUUUUUAAGGAUCAAUGGGACAAUAAACCACUGCGGUUUCUGGGUUUUCAUUUUAUAGUCUCCAGGUUUUAUUAGCAUAACAUUUCUUUGAGUUAUCGUGAAGAAACUCCUAUUGCUUUCAAAAUGCGUGCAACACAAAGAAGCAUUGUCAUUCCAACCCCAACACGCUCGCCACUCUGCCUCUGUUUGAAUUCCAGCUCUGACACAAUGGGCACGUUUACUUUGUUUUGUUAGUUGGUAACAUCCAACACACAAUCUGUUCAUCUUCUCUCUCAGGACUCUUAGCUGUCUGGGUGUGCGUCUGUCUUGUGUGUCUGAAUGAAAGUGUGUGUAUACAGAGUUUGUCUGUACAUCACAGCUUACUCUUUCUGUCUGGCUUCAAUAAAGCUGUGUCUGUCA